CAUGCAUACACGUUACUCCUCCCUCUCUUCAGCAGUGGUUUUCAAAAUCAGCAGAAGUUCUUAAAACACAAAUGAACAGCUAAGAAAAUCCUCACAAAUGGCUGCACCUUCAGCUGAUUUACUGACCGCUCUUCCAUACACGAAAGCUUUUGGGGGUAACCAAAGUGAUCUACCCACGAAUGCAUCAGAAAUUCUGCCCAAAGCAAGCUGUGAUUUAGAAGACCAUGCAUUGUCACUUGCUCUCAUACUUUUUUACUCUGUUAUUUUUGUCGUUGGAUUGGUUGGAAACAUUAUAGCCCUGUUUGCAUUCCUGUGCAUUCACCAGAAAAGGAAUUCCAUCCAAGUUUACUUGCUAAACGUAGCCAUCGCAGACCUUUUGCUGAUCUUCUGUCUUCCCUUCCGAAUACUGUACCACAUUUUCAACAACACAUGGAUGUUUGGAUGGAUUUUAUGCAAAAUUGUGGGAACUCUAUUUUACAUGAACAUGUACAUUAGCAUAGUACUGUUAGGACUAAUUAGCCUAGAUCGUUACGUAAAAAUAAAUAAGUCUGUGAAACGACCUAAGAUGUUAAAUACUACCCGCAGUAUACAUAUUUGUUGCAUUGUGUGGGCAGUUGCACUAACAGGAUUUUCAUUAGUAGUUGUACCAUCUCUCUUCACAAGUGAGGUCAGCAAUUCUACCUUGUGCUUUCAUUAUCGGCAUAAGAAGAACGCAAUAACAGAAGCAAUUUUAAAUUAUAUUAUUGUCAUCAUUUAUUGGACAGUUUUUCUCCUUUUGAUACUUUCUUAUGUUAAAAUUGCCAAGAACCUACUGAAAAUUUCAAGGAAAAGAGCUAAUUUUCCCAAUGCAGUAAAAUACACCCAGACAGCAAGGAAUUCCUUCAUUGUACUCAUUAUUUUCACCAUAUGUUUUGUUCCAUACCACAUGUUUCGAUUUGUCUACAUUACAUCACAGUUACAAGAGCCAUCCUGUUACUGGAAGGGAAUAAUUCACACAUGCAAUGAAGUUAUGCUCAUAUUUUCAUCUUUUAACAGCUGCUUAGAUCCAGUUAUGUAUUUCCUAAUGUCCAGUAGCGUCCGUAAGACUGUCUUCCAACUUAUUUGUAGAAGAAUUCACGGAGAUUCAAGUGUGACUCUGGAAAGUACUUCAGAAAUAAAACUUGGACAAUAUAUGCAAGAGAGAUUUUCUACUACCACUCCGCAUUCAAGUUCUGUAAAGAAGAAGUCUGACUUAAUCAAGUCAACAGAUAACAGCUUCUCUCAGUGUCACUUUCAGACAUCAGCUUAAGAUGCGCCAAAUACAAUAACUGAUGGAUACUAACCUCGUUUCAUUCUUCCCAUUACAAAAUGAGAAGUCUUACUUCUGUUUGUGAAAAUGAGAAGAAACUUUUCAGAAUUAUUUCCCUUUUGUUUAUCCAAGAAAACAAAACAGGAAACCUCCUUCAAGUUAUCUCAGGCACCUUCUGUGGGACUAACCUAGAACACUAAGUCUUUGGGGAGAUGUCCACAAAGUGGUUUAAGCCUGUGUAAGGAUUCUUGUAUACAGAUAUUAAUAUGAGCAAUUUGUAAACAGAUGCAUUUUGCAGAAGUAAUGUGUCCUAUUCAAAAGAGCUACGUGAAUCAUUAAAGCCUUUAUGUACUGUCUGCUUUAACAGGUUUCAAAGAGAUCAGCACUGAACUGUAUUUACAGAAUUUUUGCAAGGAAAUAUUUGAGAAUUUAGCAACAUAUCUGGCUCAAAAAUGAGGUGAAGAACACAGCUGCCAUUGAUUCAGUUAUAAUUACUGGAGAUUUGCUUCAUUAAAUAUAAAAACCAAAAUAAUCAAGCCUCCUUUAUUACUCAAGCCCUUUAUUAUAUUUUCAAUGUUUUAAUGAAUGUCA